AUGGACAAAGUGAAGGUUUACCCCGAUUACCAAGCCUCUGGCCCCUCGGACAGAGGUGGGAUAGCCCAAUCUGAGCCCUCCAGGCACCUCGAUGCCCAAACAGAGGCGGUGUUCUCACAUUCGUCUCCGGUUUGCGACGGACCAGGGAGAGGAGGAGGAGGAGGAGGAGGAGGAGGAGGAGGACGCGCAGGAAACUUUUCAUCCACAGAGAUUUGUGAUGAUCAAGCACAGAUGGCGGAACAGUACAGUGGGCAAGCAGGCUUUCUCUCCGACGGUAACCCGGGGAGAGGGUGCCUAGUUCCGCAGGUGACCAUCACGUCUGAUGGGGACUCACGGGAGAUCACUGAGGAGGAUCUGGAGGAGGAGGUGAACGGACGGUUGCGCCGCAAACUCUCCAACUCCUCCAUCUCUUCCAACGGCUCCUCCACAGCGUUUGACGAGUCGGAGGAUGACAUCCUCAGCGACAACGAGACCAAAAGCAAAGGCAUCGUGACUCUCGAGCAUUUGGGGGACUCGGUAGAUUCAGGAGAGCAAAUCAAUGCCUGGUGGAAGCUGAAGACUAUUGUCAGUUGCCCAUUAGUGACCUCACAGCGAAGACGACUGUCCUGGGUUCAGUUAGCAGGCCAUAAAGGCAGCUUUAAAGCAGGGGAUGAGGGCUCCAUACUGAAGAAGUUCUCAGAGAAUGAGAAGCUGUGUUUCGAGAGGCUGAAAGAAGAUGCUUUACAUUCCUUCGUGCCCAGCUACUAUGGAGUGGUCGAGCGAGACGGAGAGCUUUUUCUCAAAAUGAAAGACCUUUUGGCCAAAUUUGAUUUGCCUAACGUCAUGGACUGCAAGAUGGGAAGGGGGGAAACCUGCAAGACAGACUUUAAAAAGACCCGGUCAAAGGAAGACGUCAUUCAGGUCUUUAAGGAUUUCGUCGAGGGCAAUAAAAACAUAACUAACUCCUAUAUUACAAGGCUUGAAGAUAUUAAACAGGCACUGAAAGCCUCAGAGUUCUUCAAGAAACACGAGGUAAUCGGGAGUUCGCUUCUCUUCAUUCACAAUCACACAGAGAGAGCUGAAGUCUGGCUCAUUGAUUUUGGUAAGACCACACCGCUCCCAGACGGACAGAACCUGGAUCACUACAGACCCUGGGAGGAGGGCAACCGAGAAGACGGAUACUUGUGGGGCUUGGACAACCUGCUGCAAACCCUUUCCUCAUUGGCCAGGGAGUGACCUUCUUACUGCAAACUUCUUGCGUGACAGCAACAGCAUGCUGAUAAGACACUUCUAAUCCUUCUGCAGUGCAUUAUAGGGAGGCUACCAGUGACAAAGUCCAUUACUUUACAGUGUUGAGCUGUAAAAGCAUUUCACCCUGAUCAUGGUUUUAAUAAAUGCACAUUUGUUUGUUGUCAUAAUACAGUUACUCUU